GAACAGGAGGAGCUUGCGCAUAAGUUUGCUGCGGCGAUCCCGGCUAUGCCCUCAAGCCUCGCUCGAGAACUGGCGCACAUGGCGCUGGCUGCCGGCGCCACCUCCUGCAUUCAGCUCGAUGCCUGUCAAACCUUUGAGGUCGCUGACAGCUAUCAGUGCUACUUCGUCCCGGUGCAGACACCCCCAGCACCUACCUUUGGGCAAACCGGAGCACAUGCUCCGGGGUACCGCUACAGCUAUGUAUGGUGCCACGGCACUGACAUCAGUACAGCGGCCCUCAUCCUGAAGGAACUUCAGGAUUGGCUGCAGGACCAUGAUUACUUGGACACUCGUCGCAGCAUUGGCAACCUCAGUUGUCCUCGGUAUGUCGUCUCGUCCGCUUGGGCUCGAGAAAAAGGACUCGCUGGCAUUCCUGUCACCAACCUGCAUCCUGCCCACUUCCUCUAUCAGGGAUGGAACAGCUAUUGGCUUCGAUGGAUCGCAGCAGGCAAAGAAGCCUACUUCAUUGUUGCUCGCACCAAAGCCGAAAUGGUACUGGCAGGGGAGCUACUCUCACAAAUCCGGGCUCAGGGCCUGGACAUUGAUGCAGCUGCUACCAACCUUGCAGUCCAAACCCAAGCUUCACAGGCCAAGAACAUCGCUGUAAAAGCCUUGGGCCAGUUUCUUGUCGACCAGGUAAAGAGCAAGAUACCGGUCGAGACAGACUACGAGUUUCACGCCCGAAUUCGUGAACUCGAAGGCCAGAUUGGCAACCUCCAACAACAGCUCAAACAACAGCAGCAAUCUGCUGGUGCUCCCUCUGCCAACCCCACCGGGGUGGGGGCACCCGGUCCUUCUACUCCUCCCCCAUCCCGUGGCAGCAACGCCGACCGUUCCCCCCUUGCCACGCCAGCCGAGUCAUCCACACCGGGCUCCACAGCCAAGCCCAAGUCCGGUACUUGCAGGACAGAACCUGCGACAGCUACCCCUGCAAUUUAG